CGUUUUUUUUAUAUGAAGAUGACAGCAGUUGGUGCACAACCAUCUUUCCACCAGAUGAAAACGAAUAUGGCAUAAUAAAUUUCAUUGGGCAUCUCUUCCUUGAAUGAAAUGUCAAAAGCGUCAAUAAAGAAGGUUUGAAAAACCGAAGAACAUACGGGUUACGGUUUUUACGAUGAUUACGAAAAGAUCUCUAAAAGUUUUAAACUCAACCCAAAUUUCACUAUAACAAAUGCCGAGCUACUAGCCAUUCUAGAAGCAAUUAAAUAUGCGGAUAAUAAAAAAUUAAGUAACGUCUGUAUUCUCACAGACUCAAAAAGUAGUUGUGAGCUGUUGGAAAACAAUAAAACUGACAAUUACAUCAUAAAUGAAAUAAACAACUUCACAGCAAAUGCAAGUUUUCAGAAAGUAGCAAUACAAUGGAUUCCUGGACAUUCUAACAUCUUAGGGAAUGAUAGAGCUGACAUUGCUGCCAAAAUGGCUAAAAUGAAAAAUUAUGUUGAACCCUUCGGUCUUACCUUAGGAGAUGCGCUUUUAACACAAAAAAACGAAAUAAUUAACGAAUGGAAUAAGAAUUACAAAAUAAUAUCCCAAGAAAAAGGAAUAAAACACUUCACAAUUAUGCCUAACAUUCAUACCAAACCAUGGUUUCAUAAUAUGUUUUUCAACACCAACACGACAGUACAAAUAUCAAGGAUAAGAACAUUCCAUACUGCAACAAAGGAUCGUCUCCAAAACUGGGGUCUAAUUAGCUCCAACCUGUGCGACCACUGUGGGGUGAUCGAAGACCUCGAUCAUCUCCUUUUUGAUUGCACAAAGUUCACCACUCACCGUACAGUCUACCAUUUUCUUGAAAAUAAAAAUAGCUUCCUAAAAAUGUUAGAAAGAAAACAAUAUAGUGAGUAUAAACUCUUCGCAGAUUAUUUGGAUGAAGUUAAGAUAAAUGUUUGAACCUGUAAAGUUAAGAUUUUAAUAUGAUUGUUUACUAAACUUCACUCAAAUGAUAUUUUGACCGCGUAACGUAUAAUAAUUAUUGUCAAUCGACAUAAAACUCAACACCAUUGGCUUUAUGGAACACCCAUGGUCCGUGCCAAAAUUAAAAAAACGAAAAAAAAAAAAAGGUUUGAAAAGGAAAAUAUUUUCAUGCAUUUUGAAUUCGUUUGUGUAGCUGCAUGGUGGUUCGCCUGAAUGCUUAAGUAAAAUCAAAGAAUCAUCGGCCACUUGCUACCAAGCGUUAAUCAGUUUUAAUAUUGGCUUUUAAAGUUUAUACCAGUAACAUUUUUAACUCGUGCAGUUUCAAAGCUACGUUCGUUCAGAAGCAUUGGAAAAAUAGCUAGCGAAUCAGUGUUCAUUCUCUUCAUUGUGCUAGAAAGAGAGAAAAAACUACUAGAAUUAAAAUCCACCUAUCAAGGCCCCCACUUCUAAAGGUUUUUUUUUUCUUUUGGCCGCUCAUUAAACGCAAUUGGAAAUGUUCCUCGUCGGUUUAACCGGUGGCAUCGCGACCGGAAAGAGUACCGUGUCCAAGGUUUUCCGCGAGAAUGGAAUUCCAGUCAUCGAUGCCGAUGCUAUCGCUAGGCUGGUUGUCGAACCCGGAAAACCCGCCUGGCACAAAAUCAAGGCCGCAUUUGGCGAAGGUGUGUUCAAUGCGGAAAAUGGCGAACUCAAUCGAGAAGCGCUAGGAAAGCUGAUUUUUGAUAACGUGGAGAAACGGAAAUUGCUAAACGAAAUCACGCAUCCUGAAAUCCAUCGAAUCGUUUACAAAGAAGUGCUGAAAUGCUUCUUUCUAGGCCACAACUUUGUGGUGCUCGAUCUGCCGUUGCUCUUCGAGACGGGUCUUAUGAUUAAUUUAAUGCAUAAAAUAAUCACUGUCACAUGUGAGGAGGACAUUCAACUCACAAGACUUAUGGAUAGGAAUCAUCUUUCAGAAGCCGAUGCCAAAAAACGAAUCAAACAACAAAUGCCGUUGGAGCAAAAGUGUAACCAGUCACACUUUGUUAUAGAAAACUCAGGUACACUUCAGGACACUGAAGAGCAGACAUUGAAAAUCAUGGCUGUCCUACAGGACAGUAACCAACACUGGAAAAUCCGUGGUGUAAUAUUUGCAACGGCUGCAAUCGUAUUUUCUAGCAUAGCGUGGAUCCUUAACUAUAAGUAUAAGAUUUUCUCCAACAACUGAUAUUUGAAAAGGUAAAUUGAAAGACAAACAAAAAAUCGGAGUAUGAAGCAUGCGAGUUUGAUGCAACUAAACAUCAAACAUCAUCUAUAGAUGAGCAAGCGCGGUCGAUGGAGUGGGUAUCCAGACAGAUAGGCUAGGCUUAAAGAUACAUGUCUUUAUAUUUCUUAUUCAAAUAGAUUUUCAUUUUUACUGUUGAAUUUAAAGAACAGUAUCUAGUUUCAUGUGCAUUUCAAUUCGUUGGUGUGUGAAGGGGAGCUGAUCGGAUAUAAAAUGAAUGUUUCAAAAUACAAUUCCAGUGAAUAUAGACAA